CUUCUCCUCCUACUUCUCCUUCUUCUUGUCUCUAAUUCUCUCAUCCUCAUUUCUAAGUAAAGAAGUUUUGACAUCCUGGACUCAUAUUGUGCCUAAGCCACUGGUCACCCUGGUCAAAACACACCCCCUACUUGACCCCCAUUAUGCCUUCUGAAUAAGAGCUGGGGAAUGUGUACAGCCCCCCUUUGAAGGACCCAAACCCCUGAGGCAAAAGAACAGGCAAAACAUUUGCAGCAACUUCCCAGUAUUUCACAAAUUUGGGGGGAGGGAGAUUCAUUUUCUUACUCUGUUUUAUUCUCUCGAGUACCUCUACACUCCUGGAUUGGAGAACAAAUCUCCAAAUCUUUAUUGUAUAAUGGGCAGGAAAGGGUUGGAUAUAAAUGCAAUAAGAUAAUUUAAUAGAGACUAAUCUUUGUGGAUAAUAUUUUGUUAUCAUUCACCUGUGAAGAGGGUUUCAGUCUUUUAAAUUGGUCCAUUCAUUGCAGCGAUGCAUCUAAGUUCUACUGGCACAUCUUCUCCUUCCUGUUCACCAUCCAGGAGAUCAACCAGGAUCUCAGGCUCUUACCCAACACCACCCUUGGCUACAACCUCUAUGAGAACUAUUUUGAUGCCAGGAUGACUUCAGAUGCCAUGCUAGAGCUGCUUGCAGGCAGCGGAAGAAACAUUCCCAAUUAUCACUGCGGAGAAGAGAAUCCCCUUCUGGCUGUUCUUGGAAGGAGUGAUUCUGACAUCUCAAAGGAGAUCUCCACCAUGUCAGGCAUCUACAAAAUCCCACAUGUAUGAAUGGGACAGAGGGCAUGGAGGGACAGAGUAGGAAACUCUACUUUCUCCUGGGGGGAGUUAAGGGGGGAAACCCUGAGCUAUGUGCUGGCCAUCAGGCCAAGGCUUCUCCCACCUGCCUUGCCCCACCUUCAAGCCCUGAGCUGCUGCCAUGGACAUGAUCUGCAUGUGCCUUUUAGUGAACUGAAACGAGAGAGAGAUCAUGAGUCAUGCGGUGGGGAGACUGGGUGCAUGAAUUCAAGAGUGCUCAGUUCAUUUCUGGUUGCUGGUUUGUUGAGAGUAUUAAUAUUGUUCCAUAGAUUAUACAUACGGUACUAUUUUGUUAACCAUAUAAUGUUACUUUUGUUGAAAUUGUACUGUUGUUUUGUUAAGAGUGUCUUAUAGAAUAUAAUUGUUUUACUGAUGAUUUGUAAAUUAUUUUAUAUUAAUUAUGUUGCAUUUGUGAUGUUCUAUUACGUUUUUGCUGUUCAUGAGCCGCUUUGUGAUUUUGUAAAUGAAAAGCAACACAGAAAUAUAAUAAAUGAAGUGAAAUCCAACACUCUUUUUUGAAUGUACUGAGCCUUUUCCUGCUUGGCCCCCACCUGACAGGGAGGGAGCUGACAGGCAAAGUACUGGCAAGGGGAACCAGGCAGGCAGGGAGCAUCUUUAUCCCUUCACUUCUUAAUAUCAAACGAAAGAGACAGAGAACCACAAAGUAUGUUCCCUCCCGGCUGGAGCUGUUGCCCAGUGUGCCCCCUCCUCCUUGCCCCAGCUUGCAUAUCAGACCCCUCCUGCUGCCUACGGUGGCGGCCAAGGGACCCCUUCUGCCCCCUUCUGGGUCGUUUUCUGCUCUGUGAUGUGGGUGAAACGCCUGGUUUUAGAGGAAGGAGGAAGAUCUAGCAGGCUCCCAAGGGACCUAGUCUCAACUGGCUCUGAUCUUGUCUCCAUUGCAUCUGACUCCUGUCUCUCUUCAGGGCUGGUGAAUCUGCUACCUUGCCCUUCUUCCUCACCUCCCAACAUUCCCCAGCUCUUUUCUUCUUCUGGGCUGUGUCCUUUUCCCACCACCACAAACCUGGCUCCAUGCUGUCUUCCUCUGCCCCCUCCCUGGAAGACUCUUGAGGGUCUCCACCUCUUCUUCUCAUCUGAACAGUUCCUGACACCACCAGCUGUUUCGGAAUAAAAUUCGCAUUAGCCCCACCAGCACAACUGUGGUUAGAUAUUAAUCAUUUCAGAUUACUAAAUAUCUACUCCCUUCCUGAAAGCAAAACAAUUACUCUUUCCUUUCCUCACCAGCUCAGUUAUGGCUUCAGAGCCCAGGUUCUUGAAGAUAAAACACAGUUCCCUUUCCUCUACCAGAUGCUCCCCAAAGAGGAAAGUCAGUACCAAGAAAUAGUGGAGUUGCUCCUCCAUUUCAGAUGGACGUGGGUUGGCCUCUUGGCUCCAGAGAAUGACAGUGGAGAAAGGUUUGUGAGCAUUAUGACACCUUUGAUGAUCAGAAGAGGCAUCUGCAUUGCCUUGUCAAAAAUAUUUGCAGAAGAGAAUUUAAUUCCACUGAUGAACCCAAGUGAAUCUUUUUCCAGAUGGAGACAAGUUGGGGUAUUUGUUUGCUAUGUAACUUAUACAGUGGAAAUGUUAUUAAUAAUAGAAGUAUGUACGGAUCAUGAGGAGGAAAUAGGGGGGAAAGUCUGGAUCACAACAGCUUUCCUGGGCAUCAGCACUGGCUUGACUUUCCCUCCUACACUCUUCCAGCACAUUCAUGGCUCUCUCUCUUUUGCAAUUAAGACCAGAAUAAGUAGCACCAAAAGUGGUUAUGAUGAAUCCCUGUCCAGUCUUCUUAUCCAUUUUUUGGAUGAAGCAUUUAACUGUUCAUAUGCAAAGCAUGUUUUAUCCCUGAAAGGCCGGAUAAGAUGCAGAGAGAUGGAGGAACGGGGGGCUUUGCCCCAAGGGGAGAUUGAGAGAGUCCUGUCUGCCGACAGCUAUGGCACUUACAUCAAUGUUCAAGCGGCAGCCCAGGCCUUAAAUGCUGCGUUUUCAUCUAGACCACGGCGGAUGCUGAUGGUGGGAAAAGGACCCAAAUGGGAACAGGGAAGGCUUCAGCCAUGGCAGCUCCACCCUUUCUUAACAGAAAUCCAGUGUUUGAAUACCUCCAGGGGCACAAUAUGUUUGGAUGAGAAUUGGGAGCUGCCUCCUGACUUUGAUAUUCUGAAUUGGGUGAUGUUUCCCAAUCAGUCUCGUGCUCUAGUGAAGAUUGGCAGUAUAAGGAGAGAGGCAUCUACUGGCAUCAAGUUCACCAUCAACCCAGAAGCCAUUGAGUGGCCUGAGAAGUUUCACAAGGCCGUGCCUCGUUCCAGAUGUAGCAAAAUAUGUCAACCUGGAUUUGCAAAGGUGGUUCCAGAAGGAAAGCCUGUUUGCUGCUAUGCUUGUGAUCCUUGUGCGGAAGGAACCAUGUCCAACCAAGAAGAUGCAGAACAUUGCACCAAAUGCCCAGAAGAUCAGCAUCCAAACAAGGACAGAGAUCAAUGUGUCCCCAAGAUUGUGACCUUCCUGGCUUAUGAAGAACAUCUGGGGAUCACCUUAGCUUCCAUCAUCCUCUUCUUAUCUUCUACAGCAGGCAUUGUGUUAGGAAUCUUCAUUAAAUACAAAGAAACCCCAAUAGUCAAAGCCAACAACCGGGACCUCUCCUACAUCCUGCUUGCCUCCCUUCUGCUUUCCUGUUUGUCCUCCUUCCUCUUCAUUGGGCAACCAAGAAUAGCGACCUGCCUUCUCCGACAAACGGCCUUCAGCAUCAUCUUCUCCGUUGCUGUUUCUUCUCUCUUGGCCAAGACCAUCACGGUGGUGCUGGCCUUCCUGGCCACAAGGCCAGGGAACAGGGUGAGGAGAUGGCUAGGGAAGAGUCUGGCCAACUCCAUUGUCAUCUCCUGUUCUGGUGUGCAGGUUCUCAUCUGCACCAUCUGGCUGGGCUCUUCUCCCCCAUUCCCAGAGCCCGACAUGCACUCCCAGGUGGAAGAGAUCAUCUUGCAAUGCAACGAAGGCUCUGUGGCCAUGUUUUAUGUUGCCCUCAGCUACCUGGGCUUCCUGGCUGCCAUCUGCUUCACGGUGGCGUUCCUAGCCAGGAAGCUGCCUGGCUCCUUCAAUGAAGCCAAGCUGAUCACCUUCAGCAUGCUGGUCUUCUGCAGUGUUUGGGUGUCUUUUGUGCCCACCUACCUGAGCACCAAGGGGAAGUACAUGGUGGCCGUGCAGAUCUUCUCUAUGUUGGCCUCCAGUGCUGGGCUCCUGGGCUGCAUCUUCCUCCCCAAGUGCUACGUUAUUGUGCUGAGGCCUGAUCUGAAUACAAAGGAGCACCUGGGAACAAGGACUUAAGAUGUCAUCAGA